AUGGUAGUGACAUGCCACUUUGUAGACUCGGAUUUUCAGCUACAUAAAUACAUAUUGAAUUUCGUUGAUGUACCUCCACCAUACACCGGAGUUCAUAUAUAUGAUUGUCUCUUCAAGUGUUUGAAAGAGUGGAAUAUUGAGAAAAAGGUAGCUUCUUUGACGGUUGAUAAUGUUAGAACUAACGAUGUGGUGGCUAAAAAGUUUAUGGAAAACUUGAAUAUCCAAAAUAAGCUUGCAAUUGAUGGACAAUUGUUUCAUGUGCGAUGUUGUGCGCAUAUUCUUAACUUAUUAGUGCAAGAUGAUUUAUUGGAAAUUAAAGACAUAAUUCAUAAUGUUCGUGAGAGUGUUAAACACGUGAGUGCCUCUCCGGGUCGAUUACAUCAGUUUUCUGAGCUUUCUAAGCAAUUACUUAUGCCAAAGAAGCAUCUAAUCUUAGAUGUCAGUACUCGGUGGAAUGCCACAUAUGCUAUGUUGUCUACAACACUGGAGUUUAAAAACGUUUUUGUGAAUUAUGCUGAUCGAGAACCUACAUACAAUACUUUGCCCAGUGAUGAUGAUUGGAAAAAAGUUGAAGAUGUUUGUUCAUUCUUGGCACUUUUUAAUGCGGCAACAGAACUCAUUUCAGGCUCCGAGUAUCCAACAUCCAAUUUAUUUCUUAGUGAGUUAUUUGGCAUAAAAGAAGCACCGGAUGUUGUAGCUUUAAAUGAUGAUGGGUGCAUGAAAGGUAUGGCUGAGGAGAUGAAAAAAAAAAUUGACAACGGUAUCAAGACUGGUAGUGCUAAGUUUGCUCAACAUAUUAGAACUGUUGAUUGUGCUGAAAGUGUGAAGUCAGCAUUGACCACUUAUUUGGAAGAAGGGGUGUACAUUAGUGAGCCAGGUGUGCAUUUUGAUGCUUUGGGGUGGUGGAAAGCGAACAAACUGAAGUAUAAAAUUUUGUCAAAGAUGGUUGCUGAUGUCUUAGCUAUUCCAGUCACCACUGUUGCUUCAGAAUCAGCCUUUAGUGCUGCUGGUGGGAGGGUUAUUGACUCAAAUCGUUCUUGUUUAGGAACUAAGACGGUAGAUAUGCUAAUAUGUGGAGCCGAUUGGUAUCGUCAUUACUAUGGGUUAGAAAAAAAGAAAGCCAAGGAAAAUGAUGAUGUCGUAUGUGUUGAGCUUACUUGA